AAACUAUUUUUUUGUGAUCGGUAAAACCACUAUGUCAGUGCAAGAAGCAUGGAACCAUAUUCCAAUAACUGAAUUGAAGUUACCUUAAUUGUCUUGCACAAGCAGAGAAUCCGGAUAUCGCAUAAACGUGCUGUUGUACCUUGGACAGAAUUUAUUUCAUUUAGCGCUUCGCGUAGUGCCUUUAAAAUAUUCCAGGGCAGGAAGGUUGGAAAGUGCCUAGGAUCGAAGAAGCCAAUGUCAGCUCAAGGGCUUUUUUGAAAUUGUUAUUUAGAAUAAGGCUUUACCGAAAGUGACAAGGCAGCAUUCUGGGGCUAGUUGAUGUGUUCCCGUUAUUUUCAUGCUGUCCUCUUGGUGACAUUCCACCCUCCUAGAACACUAUGCUUCGAGCUACAACAUUACAGUCCAUGCGCUAGAAUGGAAAAAAAAAAAGAAACCCAAGGGAGGGUGGCCAACAUGUUUUCCAUAGUGCCUUUUGGGAACUUAAGCGUCAUGACAUGUUAAAGUCCGGUUUCUUGUCCUCAAGUUCAGCAAGCGGUUCAAUACAGGAGAAGCGUGCAGUCAAAUCUAAGAAAGCUAGGGUGUGCUAAAACAAAUAUUUUUAUUCUGCUAAAACAAAUGUUUUUAGUGUGCUAAAACCUGUUUUACCGUUAGCGAUUUAUCACAAUCAGUUUGCAAAAGUUAACAAAUUACCACUUGAAAUCCUCAGCCAAUCGUACUAUUGCGCGGGCCUUUUGAAAAGUGACGCAAGCCUAUCAGGUUGUUUCUCUGGGGUGGCGGGGGAACAAGCUGGUGCGCACGCGCGAAAGCAAACCUACAUAAAGGCAGCCCUUGUGCUGUUUAGUUAUUUUCAUUCCUUCUGUCCUUUACUGUUAUGGCUCGCACCAAGCAGACCGCUCGCAAGUCCACCGGCGGCAAAGCGCCGCGCAAGCAGCUGGCCACCAAGGCCGCCCGCAAGAGCGCCCCGGCCACCGGCGGCGUGAAGAAGCCGCACCGCUACCGGCCCGGCACCGUGGCGCUGCGCGAGAUCCGGCGCUACCAGAAGUCGACCGAGCUGCUGAUCCGCAAGCUGCCGUUCCAGCGCCUGGUGCGCGAGAUCGCGCAGGACUUCAAGACCGACCUGCGCUUCCAGAGCUCGGCCGUGAUGGCGCUGCAGGAGGCCUGCGAGGCCUACCUGGUGGGUCUUUUCGAGGACACCAACCUGUGCGCCAUCCACGCCAAGCGGGUCACCAUCAUGCCCAAGGACAUCCAGCUGGCCCGCCGCAUCCGCGGGGAGAGGGCUUAAAGUGUUCCUCCCAUUUAAUCAACCACUUUUAAAGGCUCUUCUUAGAGCCACCCAUCUUCCAAAAAAAAAGCUGUAACGUCCUUUCCCAUUUUGUUAGGGUUGUUUUAAUAUGCAUUCAAAGGUGUUUCCCUGGAUAAGUCUAGAGUGGUUGUGUCAUUUACAGGAUUCUCUUUUGGACAAAGACUGUUAACACCAAAUGAGUCUGUCUUGGGUUCCUUUUGCCAUCUUCUAUUCCCUUCUCAAUUCCAUGAAAUAAGGUAUUUCAAGACUUAAGUUUACAGUAAGCUGUAUUUCACACAGACGGAUGCUUGGGUACAGUAGUCGGCCGAGCAUUUACAGAAGGUAAAAUUUUACAAUUGCAGAUUUGUAUGUAAUUGUGAAUCAUCUUCGAAGGGCAAAGCUAAUAAAAUUGUAACGGUGUGUCUUCCCACAGUUCAAAAAUGUAA